AUGGUCUCCUUCCGUUUCGUUCUAGCAGCACCUUGCUUCGCUCUGCUAUUGCCAUUUACUUUUGCAAUUCCGCAUAGUAAAGAUAAUCUGAAGAGGCAAGGAAGUCGCCCUGAUGACCAUGUACUAAAUCGACAGAGAGCGGAUGCAGUGAAGGAAGCUUUCACAUAUGCGUGGAAUGGAUAUUAUAAAUACGCCUUUCCUAAUGAUGAGCUAAAUCCUGUGAGCAACGGUUUCAGCAACUCCAGAAAUGGAUGGGGAGCAAGCGCAGUCGAUGCUUUCAGUACUGCUCUAGUAAUGCAGAUACCUCAGAUUGUCAACCAGAUUCUGGACUAUAUCCCAACAAUCAAUUUCGAUGAAACAGCAGAUGAGAUCUCGUUAUUUGAAACGACGAUUCGAUAUCUUGGCGGAUUGCUUUCAGGUUACGAUCUACUGAAGGGCCCGCUAUCAAACCUCGCAAAGAAUACCACAGCUGUUGAUGCUAUUCUGACCCAAGCACAAAGACUGGGCAACAACCUUGCAUUUGCUUUCAACACACCAACAGGCAUUCCAAGCAACAAUCUUUAUUACAACCCAGAUAGAACAGAUGGCUCAACAACAAACGGUCUUGCUACGACCGGAACUCUAGUUCUAGAAUGGACUCGCCUUGGCGAUCUUACUGGCAACAAGACCUUUGGCGAUUUGGCUCAGAAAGGAGAGUCUUAUCUCAACAACCCGCAACCAGCCACCUCGGAACCUUGGCCAGGACUAGUAGGGAUGAACAUUAACAUCAACACUGGCUUAUUCGAGGAUGCAUUUGGUGGAUGGGUUGGUGGUGCUGACAGUUACUACGAGUAUCUCAUCAAGAUGUACGUAUACGACACGACCAGAUUUGCAUCCUACAAAGACCGUUGGAUCAAAGCAGCAGACUCCUCAAUCGCCCAUCUCGUCAGCCACCCCUCAACCCGCCCAGACCUGACCUUCCUCUCCGUCUACAACGGCAAAAAACUAAUCUACGAAUCCCAACACCUCGCCUGUUUCGACGGCGGAAACUUCAUCCUCGGCGGCCUCGUCCUCAAACAACAAAAAUACAUCGACUUCGGCCUAACCCUCGUCAACGGCUGCGAAGACACCUACACCUCAACCCUCACCGGCAUCGGCCCUGAAUCCUUCCGCUGGGUCCAAAACGACACACUGCCCACCGACACCAGCAACCCUGGCCCGCCUGCAUCCCAAGCCGAUUUCUACGCCAAAGCAGGCUUCUACAUCACCAGCUCGUACUACAUCCUCCGUCCUGAAGUCAUCGAGUCGUUUUACUACGCGUUCCGCGCUACCGGGGACCAGAAGUACAGGGAUUGGGCGUGGAAUGCGUUUGUCGCCAUCAAUUCGACCGCGCGAACGGGCAGCGGGUUUGCGGAGUUGAGGGAUGUGAAUGCGCCUAAGGGAGGUGGGUUUGUGGAUUUCCAGGAUAGCUUUUUGUUUGCGGAGGUGUUGAAGUAUAGUUAUCUGAUUCACGCGCCGGAUAAUGUGUGGCAGGUGGAACAUAAUGGGGUUAAUGAGUGGGUGUUUAAUACUGAGGCGCAUCCGUUUAAGGUUGUUGGUCCGCCAAUUUGA